ACCAGCUUCACUGCAGUGACAGAGCUACCAUAGACUCCAAAGCUCUAGAAUACUACAGACACUGUGAACAGCACAAAGGAUCAAGUCUCAUCGUCUCUCACCAUGUGCAGAGGACUGGAAUCACUGCCUACCACAUGUCUGGAGAGGGCAAAGGAACUCAAAGCUCUCUUUGGUAGUUUUCUACAGAAGCCAGAUCUGAGCAUCAUCGGUCACUCACACAAGACCGAUAAACUAAGGUUUAAUAAGAGUGAACCAUUAAAAUGGAAGGAGUCGUUUGAGAACCUGCUGUCCAACCAAAAUGGACUGUGCUUGUUCCGUGCUUUCCUGGUGUCGGAGUUUAGCGAGGAGAACAUAGCUUUCUACCUGGCUUGUGAAGACUACAGGAUAACCAAGCCCUCCUCAAAGCUAUCGGCUACAGCUAAGAAGAUUUAUGAGGAGUUUGUCUGCAGUGACGCACCAAGAGAGGUCAACCUCGACCAUGAGACCAAAGCCAUCACCAAGAAGAAUCUGGAACAGCCCAACCAGUCCUGUUUCAGCCUGGCCCAGGAGAAGAUCUACGCCCUGAUGGAGAAAGACUGCUACCCUCGCUUCCUCAAGUCCCCCACCUACCUGGAGAUCAGUCGGCAGGUCAAAUCCGGUUAAGACCAUUUAUGGCUUGUUAAGACUGGUUAAGGCUGGUUGAAGCUUGUUAAGACUGGUUAAGGCUGGUUGACGCUUGUUAAGACUGGUUAAGGCUGGUUGAGGCUUGUUAAGACUGGUUAAGGCUGGUUGAAGCUUGUUAAGACUGGUUAAGGCUGGUUGACGCUUGUUAAGACUGGUUAAGGCUGGUUGAGGCUUGUUAAGACUGGUUAAGGCCAACCUGCAGGUGGUGAAUGAGACACGAAGAAGAAGUCCAUGGGAGACAUGCUGAAAAGGACACACUGGAAACCAGGUGGUCUCACUAGGGUCCUCCUCAGUGCAGGAAGGGUCCUGUGCUGCUGGGUCAAACGUAUGGAGGGGGGGACUGAAGAUGUAUACUAGAUUGAACUGGAAGUCAGUCGGAAGUUGACACUGGAAAUCUUAUCUGUGGCCUAGGAAAGAAGGCCGCUCACUGUGAAGAUUGGAGUAUCAAAGUCUGUAAAAGAGGUCUGUGAAGAUUGAGGUAUCCAAGUCUGUAAAAGGUGAACAUGUGUCUUGAGGUCAAAGACACAUGAAGAAGUUCCUGUUCAUGGCGUCUGAGCAGAAAGAACAAUGUGAUGGAAAAGGACUGCUUUGCACAAUCACUGAGAAUGUGUUAUAGUUUUGUAUUGUCUGAUGCCUGUCUAUUUAUUUGGGUAUUUAUUAGCAGUCAUUUUGUUAUUAAAAUGUUAUUGAAAUGUUAUAGAAAUGUUAUUGAAAUGUUUGUACUGUUAGAGUGCACUGGACGGCACUGUCCUGUACCGUUCCACAACAUUUGUGAUAUUUAUGUGUACAUUUUUUAUACCCAGAACUCCUUAUGUGAGAGGAAAUUAUUUGAAUAAAAUCGGAACUAUAUAAAACAA